AUGUUGGGUUGUCGUGGUGCAAAGAAGCAAUGGCAACACAGAGAAAAAGGACCAGCAGUUGUGCAAAGGUGCUCUCAGGAAGAUUACGAUAGAUGGCUUGGAUACGAGCGCUCGAUGGUUUCUAGGCAGGGGCAAAGAAUCAAUGAACACAGUGGCUGGUCAACAGCAGUGGUGCUAGUGUAG